AUGCGAGUUGGCGUUUUGUUGGUUCUGCCUCUGCUGGGGCUUGCGCUGGCCGCGAGUUCGGGCGAUACAUCGUUCCGCACUGCGGACUCGUCGGAUCGCGAUGCACGUAUCAAUCGCGCACGCUUCCUACCGACAGCCGAAAAUCCGCAGCCAUUCACAUUCCGUGCUGGCGGCACCCAACCCUCCAACCCGGCUGGUGGGGGAGGGGCUUCUACUUCGGGUGUUGAUGGAGCUUCGACUGGUGGACCAUCUGAUCUGGGGCCCAAGUCGGGACAGUGGAGUGACAGCGGUCGGCGGGAUGCGGAGCUGUUGCGUUCUUCGUCGGGCAGUGCGAGGGCUACGACUCGUCGACCCGGUCGCUUCAACGAGGGCAAAGUAGGCUGGAACCCUCCGCCGCCUGUAGCGGAGGCGGAGUUGGCUUCGCGUCCAUCGCUUGUGGAAGACCCGCCGCAAACAAUGCCCAAGCGACCGGAUAGUCCCACUCGUAUGGCGCUCGAAGAUGUCGCUUCUCGUCUGCACCGUAUCUCCACACGUCCCGCAAAGUCUUCGCGAAAGGUUGACUUUGUCGACAGUCAGGCGUCUUCGAUGCGAUCGCACGCCUCAUCGAUCGUAACACCCUCGGACGUCAGUGGACCGUUCAUCAGCUCGCAAAAGACCUCGGCAGCCGCCUCGAAAGAUACCUCUCCGCGACUCGGUUCCUUCCGCUGGCUGAAGAGCAUCAAGACUCGACUUGUCGACUCCGACUCAUCGCGGGGGACUAGUACUGUUGCAUCGACGCCUCCCGGGUCUGCCAGGGCACAAGCUCCGCCCGCGGUGCCUUUCAGACCGUGGGAUGCCAAAGCCGCACUGAGGAAGAUCAAGAUCAAACAGCUGAAUGGGAUGCAAGAUCGUUGGCCGAAGCAGUGGAGUCACUGGAACCGCGCACGUGCCGAGCUGGACAAACUCGACUACUUCCACCAAUGGGACGAUGCAAUGGCUUGGUCUUCGCGCAAUCGUGUCGACAACACCCGUGCUGCACGAGUUCCCACUGUUAACGGCGGCGUUACGGGGAGCAACAUCCCCACCGGGCCCGAGUUCCUCCACAACCCAAACGACCCAGCCCCCCUCCUCGAAGAAGAGUUCACACCCCAGCAUCGAAGCAUCAAAGCCUUCCGUGAACUUGCCGCCAACGUCCCACCCGCCCUGACCUCACACUCGACAGCUGUGUUCGAUGCACAUGAACAGGGCGAGUACGGCAAAAUCGGCCGCGGGUUCAGAAAGGUCCUCCAUCCGGUUCAGUAUGUCGGCCAAAUGCUGGGCAACAAGGAAAGCACCAUUGCGUUCGAAAAUAGUCUGGCGGAGAAGUUGCAUGCCAAUCUGGCUCAUACUCCCCCAGAGGCCCUAGCUAGACUUCAGAGGAAGGGAAAGAAGACGGUACAGCAAAUGCUGGGUACGGAGUAUGCCACCUACGACGACUUUUGGUAUCCCCACUUCCACACCAAACCCGCCUUCAAAAUCACCAACCCCCUCGACGUACCCCUCGACCACUUUGACGUCUUCAAACCCUUCUCCGAAGCCGUCGCCCUCCGCCGUCCCUAA